AUGUCGUACUUCUUCGCGACUCCCGUCGAUAUUGACGUCGUCCUCGAUGAUACAGAUGAGCGUUCUAUGGUCGAUGUCAAGCUCGACAAGAACCGUCGCGAGAAAGCGCCUCUCUUUAUGGAUGGCGAGUCCGUCAAGGGCGCCGUCACUGUUCGUCCCAAGGAUGGCAAGAGGCUCGAGCAUACUGGCAUCAAGGUCCAGUUCAUCGGCACGAUAGAAAUGUUCUUCGAUCGCGGCAACCACUAUGAAUUUCUCUCCCUCAACCAGGAACUCGCUGCGCCUGGCGAGCUUCAGCACCCACAAACGUUCGACUUCAACUUCAAAAACGUUGAGAAGCAGUACGAAUCAUACAAUGGCAUCAACGUUAAGUUACGCUACUUUGUCCGCGUCACCGUUUCACGCCGCAUGGCCGAUGUCAUCCGGGAAAAGGAUAUCUGGGUCUACAGCUAUCGUAUCCCCCCUGAGAUGAACAGCAGCAUUAAGAUGGAUGUUGGUAUCGAGGACUGUCUACACAUUGAGUUCGAGUACAGUAAGAGCAAAUAUCAUCUCAAGGAUGUCAUUGUUGGGCGUAUCUACUUCUUGCUUGUGCGCCUAAAGAUCAAGCACAUGGAGCUGUCCAUCAUCAGAAGAGAGACGACGGGUGCUGCUCCCAACCAGUAUAAUGAAAGCGAAACCUUGGUGCGUUUCGAGAUCAUGGACGGUUCCCCGUCGCGAGGAGAGACAAUUCCUAUUCGACUAUUCCUCGGCGGGUUUGAUCUAACACCUACAUUCCGCGACGUUAACAAAAAGUUCUCCACGCGUUACUACCUCAGCUUAGUUCUCAUCGACGAAGAUGCUCGACGAUACUUCAAGCAAUCUGAGAUUAUCCUUUACCGCCAAGCUCCUGACGCCGCACCUGUUCUAAAUGCCGGUACCUCAUCACUACCUGCGCCCCCAGAGAACAAGUUGGCUGCUGUACAGGCAUAA